AUGUCUUCCGCCCAAUUCCCGAACAUCCCGUCUGCCCGGCCGCAAAAGCGCGCACGCGAAGUUGCUGACGAGGGCGUCGACGAGGGCGUCCACCAGCGCAUUCGCACCUCUCCAACUAAUGGAUAUACUACGGCUACUACAUAUCGCCCCGGCGGUGUCGGUAUCGGCAGGAAUUCAGUAGCUGCUCACAACCUCUGGACGAAGACCAACUCCGGCAUCGAGCCAUCUCUGGCACUCGCUUCCUCUGCUGUCGCUAUGCCCCAGCCUUACCCCACAAUGACCGUACCUCCGGUCCGCCCUGAGACCUACAAUACCAGCAGCAGCGCGCCCGGUGCGACUUCUGCUCAACAGCCGCCCCCUGGCAUCACUACUGCUUUCGCGCAGCAGAACCAUGGCAAACGACCAACAUUGGGCAUGUCCAAUUGUCCGAGCGCAGUAAGCUACCUCUCCUCAGGGGUCGUAGCGCCAAUGAGCCUCGACCGACGAGCGGCACAUCAACCGCCAACUAACACGCCUCCUGUCUCUCGUGGCGUCUACUGCCCAGGUUCAUCUGGCGCCUCUAUGCUGAGCAGCCCAGGAGCACGACCUGAUGUGGACCAACAGCCUGCUAGGAAUGGCGCACUUCCAGUGCCAGCGGUCAACCCAGAUCUUUGGCCUUCACUUCACCAGCAGCAGCCUUCAGCUGGAAGUUCAGGCACAGCUCACCCAGGUCUGCACCCGCGGCCACAUCACAUCCCAACUGCGGCGCAAUCUCCACGGUAUCAGCCAAAUUCAAUGCAGAAGCAAUGGUUCGAUGCUACAACAUAUCAGCUGCAGAAUCCAUACCUUUUCGUUCCAGGCAUAUCUCCAAUCUCUCCGACCCCAUCACAUGGUGCCCUACUGCAUCCAUACCAAGUCUUGAGUCUCCGUUUCCUACCACCAAAGGAGCGGUAUAAGAAGUACGUUGAGUAUCACGGUCUGCUCACUUCUAUUUAUGGUCCGUCUAUCGACAAGACACCCCAGGCUAUCAACUUCUUGCGUACGAGGCUCAGCCAGCUUUCAGCAUGGCUCAUACAUACGGAGCAGCUACAAGAGCGGGACUGGCAGAGGCAGGGCGUACUACAAAAGGCCAAGGAGGAUCGCCGGCGCAACUAUGCAUUGGCAGAACUAGGCUUGGGCAUCACAGACCUUCCAGUUAGUAUCGGUGAUCUUGCGUCUAGGGGUGCUCAAUCGCCGAAUUCUCCUAGAGUCUCUCACACUCCUGCGAACCCGAAACAACAGAACACGCACGGUUCCGCUCCGCGACUUUAUAUGCCCAACCUCAACAAGGUGCCAUCUCAAGUUACUGCUGGUCGCCACAAUGGGUAUUCAUCCGGUACGCUACCUCGUGGUUAUACUGGGGAGGCACCAGCUGCUUCAAACCCUGGUCUCAGUCCUCCAGCGACAUUGCCCAUCGGCCAUGUCCAAGGUCAAGCGCAAGGGCCGGCGUAUGAAUUUCAGACUCCAUCUACAGGCCAUCGAGCUUCACCAGCACAUUUCCUUCUGGAGGGUGGAGCUGGACUGGUCAAAGAUCUGUCAGUGCAGAACCCACAGCGGGCAUCCGCUUCCUAUGGGUGCAGCUCCUCUGCUCCCAUCGUAAUCGACGAUGAAGAUGAACCACAACAGGCUACCGUUGUCCAACGCUCGCCGGGGCUAAACCCUGCUGUCAAGCGCGGUCCCGCAAAGGAAGUCAUUCCGCCGAGGAAAGCUCCUCGUAUCGAUUCGUACACUAAGCCAGUCGAUCUUACUGACGAUAAUGGCGAGAAAGCUGCAGCAUCUCCGGCAAUGGAUACUCCCCUUCCCGUUGUCCAAAUAUCUCAUUCUCCCUCGCAAGGUCCGCCUACUGUGACUGAAGUCUCGCCUGCUACACAGGGUUCCCCUCCCGUACGGAAGACCUUUGAAGGUUCGAAAGACUUCGAGAAAUACGAGGCUUUCCAGAAAGAGUUCGAGGCGAAGAAACAGAAGGUGCAGAACGCCAUGCCCGGUGAGCUCACCUCUUCUCUCGCCACGGAAAACAAUCGAGGCCUUUACAAGCACGAGAAACCUUGGAUGGCUUUCAAUGCUUCUCGUCAGCGUGAGAUUAAUGAGAAGGAGGAGGCAAAGCGGAAGGCAAAGGAGAAAGAGGAGAAGCUAAAGGCUCGUCGCGAAAAAGAUGCAGCGACUAAGAAAGAGAAGCGGAAGGCAGAGCAAGCCGAGAAACAGAGGGUUGCUGCUCAGAAAGCGAGGCAGGAGCAGCGCCGUAUAGAGAAGGAGGAAACGGAGGCAAUUGAAGCUGCAAAGAGGCAGAAGGCUGAGGAAGAAAAGGCAGCUAAGGCGAAGCAGCAGCAAGAGGAGCUUAAGGCUGCCACACUGCAGCAACAAGCCCAAGCGCAUCCGGACACAGACCGAGCGAUCGACAAGGACACCUUUGGUGACGAUGAUGACGAUAACGAUGAGCUGCAACAGGUCAUAUCCGGCCUUCUAGGGCAGUCCCCGCAGCCGAAGGAGCUGGAAGAACAGGCGGAAUCGUUGCGCGAUGCGUAUAUCACUACCGAGAAAGCUAUCGAUAAUAACAGCCAAGAAGAUGCACAGUCGGCACCUUCUAUCGAUAUUACUCCUGAAGCGGUACCUGAGCAUGAUGACCUGGCGGAUCUCUUCGAGGAGGAAGUCGAAGAAGCAUCAACGACCCCAGACACCACUGCUGACGACGACGACAUGAGCAGUCUCUUCGAGGCCGACGACGACGACAUGCGCAGUCUCUUCGGUGAUGAUGAAGUCGAGACAGACACACCAACCACCUCUCCAAACGAUUCCCUGGUGCUCGACCAGGAAGAAAACGGCAAGACUUCAGACACAUUGACUGUAGCGAUAUCAGCAGCGGCCCAGUCAGGAGAGCCCGGAGCCGCGCCGCAAGAGCAGUCACGUUCCGAUGCUCCAGUGAAUGAGUAUUCCGAGCAUCAACAUGCAGAUCAAAGCAAUGUGGAAGACAGCCCUGAGCUCGCGGCCAAGCGCCUCCAAAUCCAAGCACUGGAAAACGAUAUUGCGCAAAAGAUUGCCCAGGCGUCGACAACGACAAACUCUCUGUUCAAGGCUAGACUUGAGCAAACUAUCAAAAAGCUCGACGAGGAGAGAUGGCUUUUGGAAAUUGAGUUCGCAGGCGGAAUAUAA